GAGUCACUGACACAGCGCGUCCAUUCAUUGGAAGAAGAUCAUUACGCGUUCAUCAAAAUUGAUAAUAAUUAGUAGCAAAUAUUUUCACUCUUCAUAAUACAACGGAUAUCAUAUUUGAACGAGAUAAACCAGCUGUUCACAGUAGGAAAGUAAACACGCAUAAUGGAUUACAGCAAGCUCAGCAUCAGAGAACUCUAUGAGAGACACUUCAAAAAAACAUAUGGGCCGUAUGAUAAAGUGAUGUCAAGACGUCCGGCUGCCUGCUUCUCAGAAGAGGAAGAUGUCCACGUUCAGUUUGACCAGAGAAGCCUACGUGAUGGUCAGGCUUGUGAAGGAGAUGAGAAGCAGGGAGUCUGUGCCCCAGAGAUACCCAAGAGGGAUGCACCGCUGUACCACCCGCAGGAGGCGCUGUACCUGUGUAACAGACACUAUGGUUCUCCAGCUACACAAAGGGUUAAUUUGAGGAGCUGUGGUAAAACAUCCUCACUCCCUGGUGAACACCGCAGUCAGUGUAGAUCUGCCAGCAUCCACAGACAAAACCAGAAGCUCUUCUCUGACAACACCAGUCGCUACAUCCCAGUUCAGCCAAACACCAGCACUAAGCAACCAGAGAAACACAGGCCGCCCAAAGAUCUCGCUGGAGGGGUGAAAGACGGUUCUCCUCACGCUUCUGAACCGGCCAACAUGACAUUAUCUUCAGGUCUUGGUGAGAAUCCAGAUUUGGUUGGAGAACCAAAACACGUUCAGACACCCGAAGAACGUUGCGCUCGAGCCAUCACAGCCAAAGCUCGGGAGAUCGAGCAGUUGUACACAGGAGACUGUAAGACAUUCGGACUCGUGGUGAAGAUGCUCAUCUCCAAAGAUCAGACCCUUGAAGGGCGGCUUCUAUCUGCGCUGAAGAAGAACCUGGUUGAUAUCAGAAAACAAAGUCUUAAGGACCUCCGCCAGUUUAUUUCUAAUGUGACUUCACAGCUGAAACCUGAACAAUCUGCUAAACUUUACCGUAAUAUUAACAAGAGACGCUUCAGACGCUCACAACACAUUUAAACACUCAGUGUUAGUGUCGAUUACUUGAUUGUUUGGUUGUUAAAUACGAGUUAAUGCCAAAUUUAAAUUUCACACAGUUGUACAUAUAGCAUUUUUAUUCUGACAUGUUCAUAUUGAAAUUGUUCAAUUUUUGCAAAGAUGCUUAAGCAUUCCUUUUGAUUCAUAUUGUUUGCGGUUUGUCAGAUGAUAACAGCGUUGUUAAGCUUUUCUUACACAGUAUAUUGUGCAUUUAAGAAUAAAGUCUAUUUGUCAAAGCACAUCUAUAGAAAUAAUAAACAUUGAGUAUAUAAA